AUAUGUAUCUUCGUGCUCUUUUCUCUGCACCCAACACAAAACACGCAACUAAAUUUCGUUAAAAAACAAUCAAAAACAAUACAAAAUGGACUAGUUUCGUAUCAAAACCCUUUACUCGGCCGCGUAGUACCCAAGUGAAGUGGAUUUUCCCAUGGAAAUUGUUUUCAUAAACAUUUUUUCAUAAGCGCUGCCUGUGUGCCUCUGCACUGCCUUUGCCUUUGCUUCUGCCUCUGUUCGCACAGCAGAAUUACUAGUUGCUGUGUGUGUGCGUGUGCUCGCGUGUGUUUGUGAUUUCGCGUACGUUUUUAUAUGUUAAAAACUAAACUUAAUUAAAUGUGAAGAAGGGAGGAGAGGAGCGCAUCGGCAAUCAUUGAAAAUGCAACAUCUGACCGCCAACGAAAGAGCAAUAGCAGCAACAACAACAGCCGCAGCAGUAGCAGCAACACCAACACCAACAAAUUACUACACAUUACUACACUACAUUUGUGUCCGUGUGCGUCCGUGCGUGUGUGUUUCUAUGUUCGUAUUGAAUAAUGUUUAAACAUUUUUGGAUUUUGUAGCAGAGAAUCGGCCUAGCAAUUAAUCGAAGAGCAGCCAACUAAAUAAAUAAUUCUAUCAAUCGCCUCAAACAACAAGCAAUACAACAAAAACAAAAAUAAAACGACAAAAAAUGGGACAACACCCAAAAUACAGCAACAAAAAGUUAAACAUGUAGUUACAACACAAAAAAAAAGGAAAGAUAAGAAAAGCAAAGUUUAUUACGAAUCGCAUUAACACAGAAGUAGCCAUUAGCUUUACAGAGAAAAAAAAAGAAGAAAAGAAGCAUAAACUUUAGAGAGCCUAUAAAAGUACGCCUUCCAAUAGUUAUUAUUAUAUACAAGCAUUAUAUACAGCCUAUAUACAUACAUACAUAUUACUUAGCCAUAGCACAUACAAAUUCGAUAUGGAUGGUAUAUACAACAGGAGGAGGAGCAGGCUGAUGACGACUCGUGGCGGAGAAUCGUGGUUAAAGUGCGUUAAAGUACAUUCUAACGGUGCAAUCAAAUCUUAUUAAAUAUAGCCACACACGAUCAUAGUAUAUAGAAUACAAAUAUAUAUUUCUUAUAUCAAAUACUCUAAACCAUUUUUACAAUCCGCUUGAAAAAUCAAAUCAAAUCAACAGCAAACGCAAUUACUUUAGUAAAAAAAUUACUUUAAACAAGAAGAAAGAUAGCAAGCAAGAAACAAAAAAGAAAAAAAACAAAAAACAUUCAAAAAAGUCAAGUGCAAAUUAAAAAAAAAAAAUUAUUCUUAAUAGAACAAAAAACGUCAACAAAUUAUUAGAAAUAUUAGAGAUUUCAAAUAUUAAUAACAAAAAACAAACAAAUUGAUCCUAAAUCGUAUUUCUUAGGUAUUAAUCAAAUGAGGAAAAUAAACCAAUUUUUAUAUAUGGUAAAUGCGCCCCAAGUGCUUAAGCAACAACAACAACAAACACCCCAAAAACAAAAACAAAACUAAUGUUAAACAACAACAACCUCAACCAACAGCGAAUCGAGCAAUAUUAUCAAUAAUGAAUCAUUAAAUUGUUAAACGUUAAAGAUUAAAUGUAAUGUAAAAACACCAAUUAAAUUAAAAUAAAUCAACAACAACACUAAAACACCAACGCUAGUAACCUGCCAACAAAAGACACCAACAACUCAUGCGGUGCCUGAUAAAUUACAUCAUCGCCUUACAACAAUCACCACAACAACAGCAACCACAACAACACCAACAACAAGCAAGUGCCUCCGCCUCCCCAGAGGCCAGGGGAAUAGGAAUAGGAUCAGAAACAGGAACUGGACUGCGCACAGAGAGCUACGUGGGCAGCCGCUAAAUCCUCCCAGAUAUCUUAUCUUGGAUUAAUCAUCACUCAGCAGUAGCCGCCACGCCCCAAAGCGGGUGGAUGGGGGAUGCGUUCUAUGAGUAGCGCGAACGCGAACCCAAAAACAAUUGCAACACCUUUAACUUCACCAACGAUCACAGCAGGAUAUGGAUAUACAUAUGAAGAAACUAACUAAACCACGGUACUGCAACUUAUACUUUUUUUACCAACACAGCUACACACUCUCACCCUCACACACACACACGCAGCAGACAGUCUCAAGCAAUAAAAGACUCCAAUCAGAUGUAACCAUAGAACUGUUAAAACCCAAAGAAAACACGAUCAAAAUUCCCUAGGAAACAAAUCAAAUCAGCAUUUACAAGCAAAAAGUCUGUUAAAGAGAAACCAAUUGAAAAGACAUUGAAUCAAAUAUCUAUAUUUUGAUAAUACAUAAGAGGAGUAACAACAGCAACAACAACAACGAAUAGAUUACAUGCCUGUGCUAGUGCUUGUAAAACCGCUUGCAAGAUCAGUGCACUAACAGAGUAUAAAAGAGGAGAGAGCCUGCCCAUCAAGACGACGGAAGCCUUAACAGUCACUCAGCAGAACGGAGGCAGCAAAAUGUUGCCAGCAACAACAACAGCAGCGCCGAGUGACUCCAACAACACAAACACAAACAACUAUAACAUCAAAUACAACCACAAAGCGCCUUUUCAACGUCGCUGCUGUCAGAGAAGCAAAAUUACAACGAUAACAUAAGAAAGAGAUAAUAACAUAAAGAGAGCACAGCACAGAGAGAGAAAUCAAACUUGCAGUUUCGGUUCACUGUUCACCGUUUUCCCUUUACCCUACCCCCCACCCUACCCUACUCCUCUUUCACACCUUUUCGCCCUCUUGUUUGCAAUUUGCAAUUUUUGUUGUUGUUGUGUGUGCAGUGUUGGUGCGGGGGUGCUCCUUGUGCCGGUGUGUGCGUGCAUUAGCGCUGGCCUUGCUAGGCGCCUGGCCUGCCUGUGUGCCCUCUCAGGGGAGAAUUUAAUUAUUUUAUUUGUGUUAAGCGCGCGUUAUGGCCCAACAGCAGCAGCAGCAGCAUCACCAGCAGCAGCAGCAACAGCAACAACACCUACAGCACCCACACCAAAACACCAACAAUCAACUGCAGCAGCUACAGCUACAGCAGCAGCUACAACUACAGCUACAGCUACAGCAGCUACAAGAACAGCAAGAACAACAACAACAAGAGCUACAGCUACAGCAAUACAAUAACAAUUUCUACAGCCAAAAUUAUAACAUGGAGGAAUACGAGCGACGGAAGCGACGAGAACGUGAGAAAAUAGAACGGCAACAGGGGAUACAGAUCGAUGACCGGGAGACGGCUCUCUUUAGCGAGCCGCGACGAUUGACGGAGGGAGAUGCAGAGAUCACGGCCGCCUUGGGGGAGUUUAUCGAUGCGAGGGUGUACAUCAAUCAGUCAACGGUGGGGAUUAGUCGGCACGCGCCCGGCGCCGGCAAUCCGCGUCUGCAGGCACCGCCGCCGCCCAAAACUCUCGGCCAUUCCCACUCACCCUCCUCCUCCGCGUCCGCCUCCGGCUCAGCGCUGCCCGGCCAGAGCCAGCAGCAGCAGAAGCAGCACUACCAGCAGCAACAGCAGCAGCAACGACCUCCUGGCUAUCUCAAGCAGGCGGACAACAAGCCGCCGUACAAUGGACGCGGCGGCUACCCAGGGCAGCCGAUGAAGAACGAUAUACCCUCGAGUAGUGGCAUGGCCCCGCCUCGGGGUCCGCCCAGAUCUGGUCCUGGCUCCGGCUCCAACUCCAGCAGCAACUCGUCCAGCGCCACAAACAAUGCCACCGGCGGAUCCGCCGGCACGACUCCCCUGGGUCCGCCCCUGUCCACGCAGAUGCCCAAUGGGCGAGAGAAAUCAUUUCUGGGACCACCGGCGCCAGCGCUGCACAACGGUGCUGGACUCUUUGUGCCUCCAGCGGCGAGCAAGCGGCCCAGCAGCGGCCCCGGACUGCAGCCGCCCCCGCCAGAGAAGGACAUCAGCAAGAUGAUCAGCGAGAUGACGAACAGCUUUCGUGUGACGGCACCACUGACGUCGAUAGCGGCCACACCGCACGCUCCGACGCGAGAGAACUACAACCUGAACGGGCCCAACACAAAUAAAUAUGCCUUUGGGCCGAUUGGCUCACCGCCCAUCGGCUCCCAGCCCUCGUCCCUGAUGACACCGCUGUUCCCGCCCAUUGCGCCCAUUGCCUCGCCCAUUACCUCGCUGCUGACGACACCGCCGCACGCUAGUCAGCUGCCCCUGGGCGGCGUGAGCCCCGGGGCGCCAAUGCAGCAACUGCCGCCGACACCGCCCAAGGCAGCGUCCGCACUCUCACCGCAAGCAGCGGCCAAGCCGCUCAAGACGGAGAAGAAUCACACGCUGGAGAAGCAGGACUCAUGCCUCGAGAACGAUCUGGAGCUGUCCGAGUCGGAGGACGAGCAGCGCAAGAAGGAGAGCAGAUCGGCGGGGAAUAGCAGCAACAGCUCCGAGUCGGACUCCAGCGAAUCGGGCAGCGAGUCAAGCUGCAAGGGCGAACAUCAGCAGCAGCCACAUCUCCAUCACAAUCAUCACCAGCAGCAGCAGCAGCAGCAGCAGCAGCAGCAACACCUGCAGCAGCAGCAGCAACAGCUCCUUCAGCAGAAGCAGCAGCAGCAGUUGCUCCUCCAGCAGCAGCAGCAGCAACAGCAGCGACAACUGACGGCGAAUGGCAGCAAGAAAAAGUACAGCCACUCGAUCAUUGCUGGCGGUGGCAGCACCAUAAGUGGACUGCUGACUUCGAGUGGAUUCGGCAGCGGCGGAGGUGGCAAUGGCGCAGGCACCACAGUGAGCACUGGCGGUGGGAGCAGCGGUUCGGGCGGUGGUUCAGGCAGCGGCUCGGGCAUUGGCACCAUGAGCAGCGGCAGCUCCUCGAACAAGACGCCCUCGCCCACGGAGAGCAACAAGUGGACGCUGAGUCGCUUCUUUCCCAAGCCCGCCAAUCAGACCAGCUCCGAGAGUGUCUCGCCGGGUAAUGUGAGCAUGAAGGUGCCUGGCAUACUGCCGGGCGGUGCUCAGAUCAUACCCGAGUCCAUUGAGGUGACCACGGCCAUUGUGAAGAACGAGAAGAUCCACGACGAUCACAUGGACAUGGACGAUGUCGAGGAGGAGGACGAGGAUGAGGAGCAACAGCAGCAGCAGCAGCAGCUGCGCUACGGCGCCGGACUGAGCGUCACACCCGUGGCGGUGGCCGUCAAGAAGGAGGCCCUGGACGGUGUGGGGGAGUUGGGCGGUCUGCCGGCUAUACCAAAAAAUCAGAUAAAACGGGAAGCGGAAGCCCUGCACUCCGCGGCCGUCUCCGCCGCCGCCGCCCGUCUAUCGGACUCCGGGACCAGUGGCAGCGUCAGCAGCUCCAGCAGCAGCAGCAGCUCGGACAGUGCGCCCGGCGAGGUGGUGCCGAUGCCGGGACCAGGCGAAACGCUGCAGCUGCCGGGCGUGCCUGCUGCCAUAACGACGGUGAUGCGGGUGCCUCCGACACUGAUGCAGAAGGCGCCACCGAAUAGUGUCACGCUCACGCCCAUUAUGCCGCUACCCGCCUCGCCCAAGCAGCGUCAGAAGAAGCCGCGCAAGAAGAAGCCCGCCACCAGUGCGCCCAUCCUUGACUCCAGCGACGAGGACGAGCCGCCCACUGCCAAGCAUGUCCUGGAAUUGUCAGCAGCGGCAGUGGCUGCAGCGGCAGCUCAGGCUCAAGCGGCAACGAUUCCGCCGCUGGCCGUGAAGAAGGGACGUGGCAGGCCCAGAAAGCAGCAGCAGAGCGGCGGCAGUGGGAACCUGAGCAGUGCCUCGGCCGGCAGCAGCUCCCAGACCAAGGGACCCAUGCUGACGGCCGCCAAGAAGCCGCUGGCCAAGGGCCCCGCCAUGGCCAACUCAAGGAAACGCGAUCAUUCCAGCCAGAGCAGCUCCAACGGCAACACGCCCACAAAGAAGCUGGCCAUGGGCACGGGACCGGGUGCAGCCAUGACAAUGCCCCUGCCAGUGUUGCCUUUAGGUGCGGGGAAUGCGGCCAGCAGCAGCUCCGACGAGGACAGCUCGUCGAGCAGCAGUUCCACUGGCUCCAAGUCGAGCAGCUCAUCGAACAGCAGCGACGACACGGAGACCACCAACCAGAACAUAAAGUGUCGCAUUGUGAAGCUGAACAAGACGGGCGCAGUGCCGCCACAGGCACGCUUGGGAGUGGGUGCCAGUGCGAGUGCGGGAGGAGCUAGUGGGAGCAGCUCGCCGAGCAGCAGCAUCAGCGAGCCAGGGGAUCAUCAUCUGGCCAUGAGCACGGUCAGCGCCUUGCCCAUGGCCCAGCAGUUGAUGCAGCCGCACAAGCCGCGAGCCAGCGUCAGUCAGCACAGCCAGCAGCUGAGCAGCUCCGAGUCUUCAUCGUCGAGCGGCAGCAGCACCAGCGGCGACGAGGAUGAAGCCAAGCGGGAGAAGGAGCGAGAGCGCAAGCGCAAGAGCGACAAGAACAAAAUCAACACGCUGACGCGCAUCUUCAAUCCCAAGGAGGGGGGCGCCAAGAAGCAGGGCCAGGUGGUAAUUAUGGACCAGUCGGAGGAGCAGCAGCAGGUCAGCAAAGCUGUGGACUCCGCCUCCCAGCCAGUGCCCAUGCAGCCGGCGGCCAAGCCCCGCAUGACGCCCACGCAGCAACAGCAGCAGCUGGGCGCAGGACUCGCCUCCCCGGCACGCACCACGACGCCUCAUCUGACAUCGCUGAUAUGCAAGAUUGACCUGAGCAAGCUCUCACGCGAGCGGAUAAUGCGCCUGAAGAAGCUCACACCCUCGCAGCAGAACGGUCAUUUGACGCCCAAGGAUCUGGGCACGACACAGCCGCAGGUGCAGGUACAGUCAGUGCAGGUUUCGGCGCCGCAUUUAACACCCAACGGCUAUGCCGGAGAUGGGCAGGGACUGCCAGCAAAGGUGAAGCACGAGCAUCCGCAUGCGGUGAAGCCAGAGCCAGAGCUGGAUGCCGGCUACGAGAGCAAGUUCAAGCCCGGCAACGUGAAGCAGGAGUUUCAGCUUAAGCAGGAGCGAGAACGAGAUCGAGAGCGAGAGAGGGAGCGAGAACGGGAACGGGAACGAGAACGAGAACAGCCAGCUGGAGGUGGGCGUCGGCGCAAGCGCAGCUCAAGCUCCAGUUCCAGUCCGUACAAGGAGAAGAAGCGGAAAAAGGAGAAGUCCGACCAUCUGCAGAUCAGCAAGGAUCAGCUGCUGCCUGUGCCUGUUCUGCUGCCUUCCAACAAUCACGAGCGAAUGUCCUGCCACGAGCGGUUGUCCUUUGACAAGCUGCAGCUGCUGCACGAAGACGCUGCCGCAGCCGCAGCUGUCGCUGUCUCUGCCCCGAAUGGCAGUCCCAGCAAGAAGCUGCUGGCCAUGUCACCGCUACCGCCUCCACCAACAGCCGCCGCAGCCGUGCCCCUGCCCAUUGUGGCGCCCACCACAUGCAGUGAAGCUGUGCAGACAACGCCACCGUCGACUGUGGCCACAGCCACAGCGGCCACCUCGACGACGGGCAACUCCACGGCUCCACCAGCGCCCAUUAUGCGUCUCAUAUACCGCUCGUACUUUGAUCGUGAGGAAGAGCCGCACAGCGAUGACCACAGAAAAAACAAUCAGUUCCUCUCGGAGGCCGUCACUCGGAAGCAUGCCGCCGACUCGGAGCGCGACUCCUUCAAUCAGGUUACCCUCUAUUUGGAGGCCGUUGUCUACUUCCUACUCACCGCCGAUUCCAUGGAACGCUACAGCUCGGAGCAGGCCACAUGGACCAUAUAUAAGGACACCCUGUCGCUAAUUAAAUUCAUUUCCUCUAAGUUUCGUCCGUACCAACAGUCAACGAACGGACAGCACGAAACGCACAACAAAGUGGCCAUACUCAGUUUGCGCUGCCAGUCGUUGAUAUCGCUGAAGCUGUACAAGCUGCGACGAGCCAAUUGUCGCACUGUGAUCAACAGCUUAACGGAGUUCUUUCGCACCGGCAGGGGGGACAUUGUCAACGGCAAUACGCCAUCCUCCAUAUCACCAUCGAACUCGGUGGGCUCACAGGGCUCCGGUUCGAAUACGCCGCCAGGUAAAAUAGUGCCUCAAGAAAUUCACACACAGCUGUGGAAGCAGAACGAGUAUCUGACGUAUGUGAAUAGUGCUCACGAGUUGUGGGAUCAAGCCGAUCGUUUGGUGCGCACAGGCAAUCAUAUAGAUUUCUUCCGUGAACUGGACCAUGAGAAUGGCCCACUGACGCUGCAUAGCACCAUGCCUGAGGUGUUUCGGUAUGUGCAGGCGGGCCUCAAGACGCUCAGGGAUGCUGUAUCGCAGCCGGGGCAACAGACGCAGCAUCAGUCGCACUAGCGGCAGCAGGAACAGCCGCAAAGGGAACGAAAGCGGAAAAGGAAACGGAAAGAGAAGCAGAAGGAGCAGCAGAACCACCACCAAACGUGUCUAAAUGAAAGUCAGGCCAAAUUUGCAACUAUUAUACACUACAAGCUACUAAUUUAGUUAAUCAAGCAAACACCUACACGACACUACACAACAUUACACUACACUACACAUGGAACGCAAAUAAAUGGAAUAAUCCAAGAACCUUCCAGCAGAACAGCAAGAAGCGAAUCAACCCCAAAUCAACCACAAUCAACCCAACCAACAGCAACACAGCAAAUGAUUUGUUAAUAUAAUUUAUAGUUUUAUAUUGUAUGUAUGUAUGUAUGUAUGUAAUUUGUAUAUGCACAUCAAUUACUUAUUUCCUUAUGCUCAAUUUUCGAUUGUUUUGUAAGCAUGUUAAGCUUUAUAUUUAUGCUUAGUUUUAAUUGAUAUUACCACACACACACACCACACCACAACACACAUACACACACACACACAUUACACACUAAAAGUUAUAUUAGGUAUAUGUCUAGACUGUAAGCUCAACCCAACCAACCAACCCACAAAAUAAGCAAAAAGUAAACCGACCCUGGCCCUGCCCCUGUCCCUGAACCUGACCUUCCUAUAAUCUACCCACAUGAUGAACAUUUUAGUUGAAUUAUUGUUUUCGUAUGCGCGUCAAGAGUUGAAGAAAAAGAAUGGCUUUUUUAAUUGUUUAAGUUUUAGUUAAUUAUUUUGCUCUGGCAAAGAGCGUGUAAUCGAUCGAUCGUGUUAGCCAAUACAUAUUUGUAUAUGCAUAAUUAUUGCGCCUAUAUAGAAAGCAAACAAGUUAUAGUUAUAAAUUCCUUGUAAUAUUUUUAUUGAUUAUGAAUUAUGUUUAGUGCAACUAUUUUAUUGAUUUUAAAUGAAAUUUUUUUUAAAAAGCAAUCACAACAACCGUUUUUAGAACAAAAUACAUGAAAGAAAAUAAGAUAUAUGUAUGUAUACAUAUAUGUAUAUUGCAAAUACAUACAUAUAUCAUCGUAUAUGGAAAAUUUAAUAUUUGUUUCGUUUUAUUUUGGAUUUAAUGUAUUAAUAAUUAUUACCAGCUCCCUACUACCGCUCCCCGAACCCCGAACUCAUCCCACCCACACUUUUGAUCCACUUUGACUCAACUUAUACUUAAUGGGUGCCUCAAGACUCUCCACACAGACGCAACAAAAAAUAGUGCAUUAGUAGAAUUAAACGAGUUAAAAAUCAAUUGAAAUAGACUUGCCCUCAAAUCGAUAUACUUAUACAUAUAUUAACUGUACAUAUAGCAGCCUAUAUACACUCGAACAUAUACAACAUGCGAUAUACUCGUACAUAUACAUACAUAUGUACAUAUAUGUAUAUACAUAUAUAUAUAUGUAUAUUUUUAAUAUGCCAAACAAAAGCGGAAUGCAAUAAAAACUACUUUAAGCCGUAACAAAUCCAAUCAGCUGGCACAAGUGGGAUACGAUCUUCACAUUUCCAACACUCAAGAUCCUGAAAAGGCGUUUUCAGAUGUGGUGGGUUGGGGAUCUGCCCAAUGUGCUGGCCGCGUUUUGUUGUUGACUCUUUUUUGGCAUAGAACGAGAAGCGAAAUCGAAAACGAAAAAUCACGAAAAUCAAAGCGAAAAACGUAUGUAACGAAAAACCAAAAUGAAAAACUUUAUUAAACAAAUAUGUAUUAUUAAACAUGGUUCUGGGGAAACAAAAGCAUUUCACUUUCAACAAAUGAAACAAAAGAAAAAAAAAACCAAAUAAAUCGUAGACAAAUUUUAAGUUACCGAACACUGGAACGGGUUGGCGAAGAGUGGGCAAAGUGGAAGCGCAAUUUUAUUGUGCAAUGCAACUAAGUGUAAUUAUUAUAAAUUAAAAUACAUACAGACCAACGUACAUAGGUACAUAUGUAUGUAUGUACUGUAUAUGCAUUGUUAAUAAUUCUCAAAAUGCUGUAAAUAGUAGUACACGGAGAUACGAGCCUACACAUGCAUAAUACAUACAGACACAUAAACACAUACAUCGUACAUACAUAUACAUAGAAGAUGCAUUCGAAUCACAUUCAUAUAUUGGCAUAAAUACAUACAUAUAAAUAUAUAUAUAUAUUUUUAUAUAUAUAAAGAAUACUAAACGACAUAGUAAAUAUACAUAGUUAAAUUUUUUCAAAAUGACAAGAUCAACUUGCAGCAAUAAGCAAACAGCAAAACACCAACAACAACAACAACCACAAAAGAAAACAAAACAACCAACAAACGAAAUGCGCCUAGAAAUAGUUAAUAAUUAUAUUUUGUUAAGCGUUAUUAUAGUGAAAAACAAAACAAAACAAAGAAAAGAAAUCGAGAAAACCACAGAAUUAAGUUUUAGGCUCUGGCCCAUUAUUCGAAUGUGAAGCAACGGCAGACACCAAAAACGAAUGCAAAAACACGAAGUUGUUCAUUAACAAAGUAAACGUAAAAGUAACGGUAAUGGUAACGGUAAAGGUAAAGGUAAAUAUAUAUAUAUAUUUUGUACAAAUAUAAUUAAAGAAAACAAAAAAGGAAAGAACACAAAA